ACCAAUACGUUAAACUCCUACUACGUACCUCUCCCACCACAAUUCAAACUCUCUGUGAAAAAACUCCCGAUGGAAGAAGCCCCAUCGCCACCGUCCUCCCUCACCGAACUCACACGUUCGUCGUCGGAGGAGAGCUUUUCACCUCUGCCGGCGAUCACGAAGCCCGAACCGGCGACGGUGGAGCUUCCCAAGGACGAAGGCGGGGAGCUGGAGGAUGUCAAUUUCGUCGAUCACGAAUACUUCGACUCGUUCCCUCCCGGCUACCGGUUCAACCCGUACGACGACGAGCUCGUCGAGCACUACCUCGCCAGGAAAGUGCUCGGCCAGCCCGUCCCGGUGAACAAGAUCGUGGAGGUCAAUCUCUAUAAGUACAACCCCGAGGAACUCGCCGAGAAGUACAGGAACUGCGGGGAGAACGAGUGGUACUUCUUCACGCCGAGGGACAGGAAGUACAAGCACGGGAAGCGGCCCAACAGGGCUGCCGGAGACGGGUACUGGAAGGCGACCGGAGCGGACAAGCCGGUUAGAAGGGCGAGCGGGGCGAAGGUUGGGUACAAGAAGGCUCUGGUCUUCUACAGAGGGAAGCCGCCGAGAGGGAUCAAGACCAACUGGAUCAUGCACGAGUAUCGCGUCGAGGAGCACAAUGCGCCGCGUCCGCGAGCUGACAACGGCGGAGCCGAUGACAUGAGGCUGGAUGACUACGUGCUGUGCAGAAUUUACAAGAAAGUUGGCAAUGGCGGUCUAAGACGAACUCCUCGGCAGAGGGAAUUAGACAUGGCAUGCGACUUCUCGCCCGACAAUGUUGAUGGUACUGCUGAUCACGACGAGCCUCAGGAUGCUACGAUCGUUGGCCAGACCGUCCACGAUCCCUCAGCGGCGGUAGAUAAUUUGUCGAUGUUAACAACUCACUAUGCUAACCAGACACAUGUGGAGAUGAAUGUCGGUCACUUCGGAAGAAUCCAUUAUCCCCUGCAACAAACAUUUGAUGACGAUGACUUGAGCCUAAUCGAAGACUUCUGGGGACCGUCGCAUGGACAGCUGAUCAGCUAUGAUCAUCAUCACGAUGAUCAUGUUGUCGCCGUCGAUGACCACUUGACUAGCUAUCCACAACAGCACCACGGUGAUAGUAGUAGUUCUAUUUCUCUCCCAAUGACAACAUGGGACAGCUCUGCUCCUAGCCUAACCUUUGGAGCUUGUGAUACCAAGCUAAGUUCUACCUAUAUGUAA